AUGGAGCGACCCGGCGCCGGGGAAGACCCCGACCGGGCCGAGGGGCCGCCGGGGGCGAGCCUCCUCCUGCCCGUCAAAGAGUUCCUGCGCUCUCGCAAGGGCAUGUUCCUGCUGGCCCAGGCGGUGCUGUCGUUUAUCAUCUUCAUCUGUUAUAUUGCCUCAAAAGCAGCAGCUUUCCUGAUGGUACCCUUGUUAACCUUCCUGCUGGCCCUGUUCUUUUUCUUCGUGAAUUCCUUAAAACUGAAUGAAAGGUUCAAAGGAAUCUACUGGCUUCUGGCGGAUUUCAUCUGUGGUAUCAUCGCUGCCAUUAUAUACUUUGCCAUCUCAAUUGCUGCAGUCUCCAAGUACUCUGACACCGCAUCCAAAGCAGCAGGAGUAUUUGGUUUCAUUGCCACAAUUGUCUAUUGUGUUUAUGUCUACUUUGCCUUUAACGACCUGGUGACAUUUCUCAAGCAAGGAGAGUCUUCUGAGGGCCCUGAGCCACAUAAAUCAACUGAAGAUGAUUCAGAUUCAUACUCGGACUCAGACAGAAGCACAACACACUGAUGAACGCCGGACAACCUGGAGAGAGAAUGAGGAAUGUGGCUUUUAUUUUUGCCUUUGUAACCUUCUUACGAACAUUUUUUCUACUUUUGUACAAAACAUGACUGAACCCGCUGCCAAAGAGCCUCCAAUCUCAUGGGCAACUUACUCAGGCAAACUUGGCCAGCUGUUGGUUGAGCCUAGACUGGUUUUCCUCUACCCUUCGUCAUUUGACCCUAUGGUAUAAUGCAUAGGUAUAUUUUUAAAACUGAACCUUUUAUACACAGACUUAGAUUCUAUCAUCAGCGCUGAGCGUAUAUAGAAGAAUGUGCACCAAGCAAGCAUGGAAUUUGGUGCUAGGCACAGAAUUCUACAGACCAUGUGAACUUGGCAACCUUAAAAAAUCAGUUUUCUACACUGAGACAUUUUACAUUUUUAAGUUUGGAAGAGGACACAAAAAGGGUCAAUAUUUGCUGCAAAUAUAGAGGAAUGCAAAGAGGCUGUAUUCUCACAGCUGAGGAGUAAUGGAGUAAGCAGCCGCAAGACACCUCGUAUCCUGGCCUCUCCAGUUUCUUCCUCUUCCUGUGCCUUUUUACUCACCUGCAAAGUCAGUUCCUGAUGUUGGAGGCAGCUAGAACAGUUAUUUUCGUGUCAGCUGCAAGGGGGAAAGAGAGUGGGUUAGAAACUCAGAUUCCGGGCUUUGAGGUCAGAAAACCUAUCUUCUUCGUCUGGCAGUGCAAACUAUCCUGCAGUCCCUCAGAUGCUGUCUGGGAGCCACAGAAAUGUGUCCUUUAUUACUUUAGAACAACUCUGUCAGGCAAGUAUGUAGGGAUGAGAAAUCCAUUGCCUUCACAUUUUAAUGCAAAAUUACCCAGUUGCACCCCCGUAACAAGAAACUAAACACAAUUUGUCAUCAGAAAUCCACACUUAACAAGUUUGCAAUGCAUUCCAUAAGAUAAGCAUUUUAAGAGUGGAGUUCUUUCUGCACCAGCUACACUGUGUGUGUGGGUGUGGGGAGGGGGAACACCUCCAAUUCUCAGCGCUGUCUUUGGGAAUCAGAUCCUGAGUCCCUUUUGUGGGUCAAUUCAAUUUCUGAUCUUUUCCCUAUCCACAUUCAGCGCUUUAUAACUGCUGCUACAUUCCUGAAAUGUCAGAAAAACAUUCUUCACCAAACAUGAAUUUUAAAAAUCUAAGCGUGUGCAUUUUGCACUCCUAUCACGGCAUCAUGAUGACAGCAGGAAUAAAGUGGAGUUGCAUCUACUGCCCUUAUUGCUUGUCACUUCCUGGCUGGUCAUUUGGGGGACCCCUAGACUCGGGGGCCCUGUGCUUCAAGGCCGAGUCGCACCACCACUGAGGCCACCUCCUGUCCACCAGUUCUGUACUGUAUAUGCCCCCCUUUCUGUGCACACACAGCGCCCCAAACCAUUUCCUCCUCUGCAAAGUAUAAAAAGAUAUAGUCGUCCACCAGAAUGCUGGAAGAAUAAAUGGAAUGGAGGACUAGAAAACGGGCCAAGCCUCCCUACUCUUCACCACAAGAUCUGCAUUUCUAGAGCUCCUUGUGCGGAAAACAGCCCCAGAGUUCCUGCCCAGUUUGCAUGCACCAUGUAGGAAGUCCCUAAAGUGUGGCACACUUGAGUUAUGCAUAGUCUUGCUUUCCUGUACACAUCCUGUUUUGACCCUUUUUAAAGGAAAUGUUAUGGCUCAGUAGUGCAGCGUACGCUGUGGAAGCUGCUCUUUGCACUGGGAGAAAAGCUCCCACUGACACCAAUGGGUGACUCCCCUCACCAGCUUCAGAAAAAGUAAUUUCCAUAUGACCACAGCAGGAGAGGAGGGAGUUAAACAUAUCCUCUGCUUGCCCCAGUGCCAUUUUCAUUUUUAAAAGCCUGCAAAUUAGAUGCAAAGGUACAUUUAAUAUCGCAUGCAGUUUGUCUUGCAGACACAAAGGGCUGUUGCAACUCAGACAACUGGGUUCUUGUGACAACUAUUCUGUGCUUUCAUGAAAUUACUAGAUUACAAGAGGGAAAGGAUAGGUAUUAGUGGACAUUUUCAAGCACUGGCUUGAGGAAAUUUGUUGUUCUUCCACUGUAUGUCUGGAAUUAAGUGUAAUGUCUGGAACUUUAAGAGUAUGCACAGAACCUCAUGGCGACAAGCAGAAGGUGCCUCAGCUGUGUUGUAUGUGGGCUUGUGCCACAGGUACCAAAGAUCUGCCUUUGAACUUGCCUUGUAGCAACAAAAGUCUGGCACGUUGCUAAAUUUUCUAAGUUUAGUUCUCUAAGCCCAGUGCUGUUCCUAUUUAUACAAAAUGUGUAAUAGAAGAGGUGAAAAGGAAAAAAAACUGGUGUACAGAUAUAUGAGAAUUGUAAUAGUUUACAGUACCAAAGAUUAACUGAAACAGCAGCUGCAGUUCUAAAGAAUCGCUACACACAUGGGAACAUCACUUCUAAGGUACAAUUACCUGAGUAUAUACCCAUAAAGAAAACCAGGCACAAAAGGUCCUUUUUAAUGAGCUACAUGAAUAGUUCCAUUCACUAUGUUAUAAAUAUACAGGAGAAAAAAGCUACUGAAACUUGGGAUGCGUUAAGGGUGCAAUCUUGUGCAUGUGCACACACAAAUAAAUAAUUAGGCCUAUGCCUACAAGCCCGUCCACCAGAAGCACAGAAUCCUGUUCACACGAGAUCAUGCCACUUGAUUCUUCACCAGACAGGCAGCAUCUGGAGCAGUUUUGAGGCAACACGUUUUUUAAAGUACUUGAACAAAUGAGCAUGUCCAGAGAAGAACAACCAAGGCAAAGGAGAUCAACUCUUAUGAGACAUGUUUAAGGAGCUGGAUAUGCUUGGCCAGAAGACGAGGGUAUUUGUUUAGCAGUUAUGGGAUGAUAGCCCUUCUUAAAAUAUCUGAAGGGCCAUCACACAGAAAAUGGAAUCCGCUGCUCCGGGGGAAAGGAGUACAACCAGUGGGUGGUAAUUAUAACGAAGUAGAUAAUCGCUGAACAUUAGAAGAAACAGUCUAAUAACAAGUGCUGCUGAACAGUGAAACAGAUCAUCUCAGGCAGUUGUGGGCUCACCUUUGCUGGAAAUAUUUAAGGAGAGGUUUUAUCGCCAUCUGUUUAGAGUAGAAUGAUGUAGUCACAUCCUGCACUGAGCAAAGAGGGGCUAGAUGACUUCUGAGGACAUUUCCAACCUUUUGUGUCAGCUUUCCGUCUAUUGAAGGGAAUUAUCACACAAUGUAUUGUUAUACAGUAUUUACCACUUAUACAACGUCACAAUGCAUGAAAUAAUAGCUUUGUACAUAGAGAGGUUGCUAAGAUAAAACUUCAGUGUAUAUUGCUAGUAGGCUCCCUAGCAGUAAGACAAGGUGCUUUUCAGAAUUGGCUUUGCUUGAGAAUAGUGUUCCUGAGGGCUGGCUCCUUCAGUGUAACUAGCAGCUCUGCCAUGGUCUGAGGCAUAUGCCUUAAACAUUUUAUAUUUCUCCCUCUUUCUACAGGCAUUUGAAUGUGAUUUUAUAUAUACCCAUGUAUUUUCAGUUUUCAUCUUGUAUGUCAAAACCAGCACUGGGUUGGCAUUUAUGAAUCAUGCUGGAAUAAACUGUUGAUACCAGA